UCCGCCAGACAGAGGGACGUGCGCACCAAGGCGGCGGCGUGCGCCGUGACCCCGCCCUUCCUCUCCGACCUGGGGAGGGCCACCCUGCGCGGCAUCCGCAAGUGCCCGGGCUGCGGCACCUACAACGGCACCCGGGGGCUCAGCUGCAAGAACAAGGUGUGCGGGAUAUCGCUGCGGAACGCCUCCUCGGGGGCCAGGGGGGGCCGGAAGGGCGCCGUGGAGGCGGUCCGAGUCAUCAUCGACAGCGAGGAGCGAGGCAGGAAGGAGCCGGAUGACGACGACGACGGAGGUGGCGGCGUUCAGGUGUUUUCCGUCCGCCACCGAGGGCGAGGAUCCGCCCAGCUGGGCUUUGUGGAGCUGGCCCCCACCGACGCCACCAUCUCCACGGGCGAGCGGGACCCCCUGUUCUCCCAGAUCAACAUGGGCCGCUGCUUCAUGCCGGCCUGCGGGCAGGGUUCCAGGUCGGACCGGCGCGAGUCCGGUGCGCCCGACGCCCUCUGCGUCCACAUCAAGUCCGCCAUCGAGUGCCGUUGCUCCGCCGCCCCCCUCAGCGUCAAGAGCUCCAUGCUGGAGGGGCUGACCGUCUCCAUGUGGGCCAAAGAGGAGCUGUGGAGCCUGGCCACCGAGUCCCCGGGGCCCCUGGUACAGAGGGUGUCCGCGGACACGCUGGUGGUCAAGUGCCGCCCGGACUCAGCGCACCCCCUGGGCCUUCUGCACCUGACUAUCGGCGGGGGCAGGGGGACGUCGGAGGCGGGCAAAGGCAGCGGGAGGGCCCGGGAGCCUGUCGCCACGCUGCAGCAGUCGGCGUUUCACUGCGCCUGCCGCCCGCGCAAGACCGAGGCGACGUGCGCCGGCGACGGCUCGGACCCCUCGUCCCCCUGCUUGCACUUCUACGCCUGCGUCUGCGCUUUCGCCAGCGACGAGAAACUGGCCUUGGAGUUUGCGGACUUCAUCAACUCGGCCACGAGCGCUGUUCCUCCAAGCCCAACCGCCAGAGUCCCCGUUCCUUGCGACAGGCCCGCUCCGCCGUCCGCGGAACCGGUCAGAUCCCUUCACAAAGCCAAGAAACCACGGCCUGAUGAAGCUCUCUCGGGUCCUGGGGGCGGUCAAGUCGCAGACGAGGCCUCCGUGUCCAUGGGUUUCCACCAGUGGCUUGCCGGCGUGGCCGAGAGAAUGCAGCAGACCAUGCACUACCGGUUUAACGGAAAACCUGAACCUCUGGUCUAUCACAUCCCUCAGCACUUCUUCAAUGCCCUGCAACAUCGCCUGUCGCUGGGCUCCAAGAGGCGGCUGCCCGACUUCACCACAGUUCUGGUAGGCAACGACGGCAUCCCUCAGGGCUCCUUCUCCAAAUACAUCUGGCACAUCACCAACCUCGCGCAGGUCAAACGCAUCUUUGACACCCCGGAGUUGCAGCUGGAGCUCACUCAGAGUUUCGUCCAGAACGUGGACGGUUCCUACUCCCGCCUUCACUGUCCGCAACCUCCGCCCGAAUCCGAGCCGCCGGAUGCUAUCAGGACGGAUGGGACGCCGCCCGUUCGUCCCGCGGAGCUGCGGACGUUCCUCAAAGUUGGGCCCGGCUCGGACGACCCGGACGACCCCGGCCCCUUGGUCAUCGAGUGGAGCCCCGACGUGCUCCCGCGCUGCCGCAUGGGCGAGCUGCGGAUCUUCUACCAGUUCGGACACCGGCAGAGCGGCCAACCGCCGGAAUGUCGGGCGAAAGACGGCAAUGGCGCGUCGGGACGCGUCAAAAGUGAGCCGCCGUCAUCGAGUUGAAUAAAAAUGCCAUCAAACGGGAAUAUGUAAAGACAGACGGCAGGGUUGGACCUGGCUGGAUACUUACUUACCUCGCAGAUGCUGCCCCGAUGGCGCCAGUACAAAUUUCAUAAAUAAUGAAACCAAUACAUAUACAUGAUAUUUUCUUUAAGGCCGAAAUAGAACAUUUUCUAUGGUACUAUCAAACCUUGCCAGCAGGUGGCGCCAGUAUCCUGAUCUUGUCCGGUUGCUAGCACUUUGACUUUGACUGAACCCAGACUGGAUGAUAUGCUAGUGAUGCUCUUUGCUGUCUGUGUUUGAUUUUGCGUCGUCGGCGACUUCAGACCUGAUCCCGGCCUACGCCCUUAUUGGGAUCGUCUUACUGUUGGCAUUCGCGUUAUUGAUGUUCAGUUUUUACUGAAGACAGUUUUGAUAAUGGCUUGUCUUGUACAACACAAGUCAUUUCAUGAUUAUCGUCGCAUCAUUAGCUUGCUUUCCUGGGUACGGUCCGUUCAGGGGCGCAGGAGAGGACGGUCCAUCGGGAAGUCAAAUCUCAGAUUUAGAGGGAACAGUGUGGUUUUCGUCCUGGCUUUGCUACGAUGGAACAGUUCUACCCCCUUGGCAGGAUCCUUGACUGCGCAUCAGACUUCAUUCAAUCAGUCUACGUAUUUUGUGGACUUGAAGAGGGCAUUCGAUCAUCUCCCUUCAGGGAGUCCUGUGCUCGAGGACUAUGGAGUACCAGACUCCCUGAUACGGUCUGCUUUGCCGGCAAGGAGUAGAAUUCGUCAUCAGCAAGAACUGAACUCCUCCAAGGCUGGCCUUUGUCACCAAUAAUGUUCUUUGUCUUUAUGGAUGGAAUCUCUUGGGGCAGCCAGAGUCUUGAUGGAGUCCAGUUUGGUGUUCAGCCUCACGUCGCUGCCUUUUCCAGACUAUUUGGUUCUGUUGGCUUCGUCAAGCCGUGAUCUCCAUCCUUGGCUGGGAUGGUUCACAGCUGAGUUCACCUCCAGAGCUGAGACCGUUGUUCUUGGUCGGAAAAGGGUCAAGGCAGGUGAUCCUACUCCCAAGUGGACGAGUUCAGGUAUCUUGGGGUCUUGUUCACUGGUGAGGGAAGGACGGACUGGGAGAUUGACGGGGAUCGGUGUGGGUUUGUCGUGGUGAAGGAGCUGAGCCUGGUUCAGGUUUUCCCUGAACGCCUCCUUGGUGAAGUAUUCUGGGCACGUCUUCCCGGACAGAAACCCCCGGUGAUGACCCAGGACACGCCGGAGAGACUACGUCCCUCGACUGGCCUGGGACUGUCUCGGGAUCCCCCUGAAAGAACUGCUAGACUUGGCUGGGGAAAGGGAAGUCUCGGCCUCCCUGCUUAAUCCAGUAUUCAUAUCAUAGAUAUUCCCCGUGGAGUAUAUUUCCAUUUCUGCAAUCAAUUUAUGAAUGAGAAACAUGGCGCUUGCCCAAUAUCGUUAAUAAUGUGUCCCGCUCUUAUUUUGACUUGUGACUUUAUUUUGUGAUCAUAUUUGUAACUCGCUUCUUCAUUGAAUCGCAUUUUACUAUUUGUGGUGAACAUAUUUUGAAUGACAAUAUUGUAUGUAUAACAAUUACGAAUGUUAAAAAUGUGGCAAACUUUUUGCUACACAGUUAAUAAAGAUUUUUAUGUUUAAUGGGA